AUGAUGGAACGGCAGAAUUCGAAUCUGUAUCCUUCGAAUCUAACAGACCUUUUAGCUGUGUCGGCGUACCAGCAAAAUGUGGACCGAUUAUCGGCGAUAUCCGACGGCGACGACAAAUACAACGGCGAUUAUACCGAUAAUGUGGACCGAUUUACCGAAAACGUCGAUCGAUCAUCAUCGCCAGUGUCAACUUUGGACGACGGAGACAGUAGCCAAUCGGCUUUCGGAGUCGAUUUGACAGGCAAAGGGACGAAUUUAGCAGGAAAAUCGUUUACAAUCGCUGCGAUACUCGGUUUAACGAAUUCUGAAGAGGACGUCAUGAAUCUGAGCGUGCAGGAGAGGUUGCAGCAGAAUCAGAGACAGCUGCAAAACUAUUUGUAUGCUGGACAUGAUGUCCAGAGAAUUAACGAGGGUUUCUGCAGAAGUAUAGUUGGAGUGCCGACGGGGAUGAGGCAAGACAGUCCGCGGCCGGAGAUGAGACCACAAGUGGGACAGAUGAAGACCUCGAGAAGUCACUCUAUGACGUGUUCUAACAGUUCCGGUCGAAGUAAGCGAAUACGUACAAUUUUUACCCCGGAGCAGCUGGAGCGGCUGGAAGCGGAGUUUGAGCGGCAGCAGUACAUGGUCGGCCCGGAGCGACUGUACCUCGCUCACGCACUGCAACUCACUGAGGCACAGGUCAAAGUAUGGUUUCAAAAUCGACGCAUAAAAUGGCGAAAACACCACCUUGAAGUGACACAGCAGCGGUUAGCUGUCCUGCAAAGACAUCAGCCACACGACAGAGAUGAUGACAUCUAAAACACGAA